AUGAUCACUAUAGUCGGCUCCUUGAACUACGAUCUCGUCACUUACACCGAUAAGGUGCCUGACGCAGGCGAAACUUUCACUGCAAACACUUUCGAAAACCAUUUGGGUGGAAAGGGACUCAAUGAGAGUUUGGCGUGUGCUCGGUUGUCGAAGAACACUGGCAAUGGCGUUAGAAUGGUGGGCAAUGUUGGUGCAGACACGUUUGGCAAGGAAUUGAAGCAGGCACUUGUGAAUGCUGGCGUGGAUACACAGCAUGUGGCUGUUUUGGAGGGCUAUUCGUCGGGAGUGGCUGUCAUUUUGGUGGAGAGUUCUGGAGAGAAUAGGAUUUUGAUCACCGCUGGUGCCAAUGGCCAAUUGAAGCCUACAGAUGAAAACUAUGAGAGUUACUUUAAGGAUUCGAAGGAUGGAGAUUUUGUUGUUUUGCAGAACGAGUACCCUGACACUGUCAAGACAAUUGACUGGGUGAAGCAGCACAGGCCUACCAUUAAUAUUGCUUAUAACCCAUCGCCAUUCAAGCCUAUUUCUCCAGAAACUUUGGGUAAGAUUGAUUUGCUUAUUGUCAACGAAGGCGAAGCUUUGGAUGUGGGUUCUGAAGUGUUUAGCGGCGCCGAUUUGGACGAUUUUAAAGCUACAAUUGCAUCAGACGAGAUCAACGGUUUCAGCCGUUUGGCCAGUAAACUCCAGAGCAUGCUUGACCAGAACAACGUGAGUUCUGUUAUUAUUACUAUGGGCAGCAAGGGUAGCAUUUCAGCUUCAAAAACAUCGGAACCAGCAUUUACUGCUUCUAAGAAGGUUGCACAGGUUAUUGAUACCACUGGUGCUGGUGAUACAUUCUUUGGCGGUCUUGUGCUGAAGCUUAGUGAAGGAAAUGCAUUGACAGACGCUGUGGAGUUUGCUACGAGGGCCAGUGCGUUGGCAAUUCAAAAGAAAGGUGCUGCGGAGGGCAUCCCCACGUUCAGCGAAGUGGAGAGCGCAGGUUUUUAA